UCCACCAGAUUAGCAGUAAGGCUUAACCGUGAGAGUAGUUACAUCUUGUUAUAGGUUCUAUUUUGUACUACAAGUCUUUGGCAUUUUUGUUUCUCAGUAUUUAAUGCGAACAAUCGCGAAAAUUCAUUGUAGAGACCAGAACAGUGAAAAUGUCCUUCUAUAGAUUUUGUUUAUCUGAAUGAAAAAUAACUUGUAUUUUAACGUAAUUGUCUGACAUCAUGAAGUUCGAUAACGUAUUGACGGAGAUAGGCGAGUUCGGAGCUUACCAGAAGCGGAUUUAUUUCUUGUUGUGCCUGCCUGCUAUAAAUUCUGGAAUAUUUAUGGUCAUUUCUGUGUUUGUUCUUGGCGUUCCUAAUCACAGGUGUGCAAUACCGGGAUAUGAUAAUGACACGUACUCGGUACAGGGUGACUACCAUCAGAUGUUAAUCAACAAAACUAUUCCACCACCUACAGACAAAAAGUUUCUGUAUCACGAAUGUCACGUAUAUAUAACUGACUCUAGCACGUAUGAUGGCAACAACAAACCGAUCAAUGCGACGGAAGUUUCAUGUUCCAAAUGGGUAUAUGACAAAACGGACUUCGAUUCUACAUUCACGUCACAGCAAAAUCUUAUCUGUAGCGAUGAUAAUCUACCCUCCAUUGCGAAGAUGUUGUUUUUCGCUGGCGUUUUGGUUGGUGCCUUUGUGUUUGGUAUCGUAUCAGAUGUAAUUGGUCGAAAGAAGACUUUAUUAAUCUCAUUCUCCCUGAAUAUUGGAGCAAGUAUAGGUUUAGCAUGGGCGGAGACCUACGUCGUGUUUGUCGUUCUGAGAUUUUUGAUUGGUGCUGCGAAUGCUGGAGUUUUCAUGACAGGAUUUGUCAUUGGAAUGGAACUUGUUGGUCCUUCAAAAAGAAUGUGGGCGGGCAUAGUGGUCGAAUACUUCUUCGCUAUUGGUUUAUUGAUACUUGCGGGCGUGGCUUACCUAUUACGUGACUGGAAAUACAUCGAGAUGGCCGUAGCAUUCCCAAACGUUUUGUACCUUACAUAUUUUUGGCUAAUACCUGAAUCCCCAAGAUGGUUGUUAUCCCAGGGAAGAUUUGAAGAGGCGGAGAAAGUCAUGCGGAAGGCGGCUAGAGUCAAUAAAGCCUCCCUACCCGAGAAGAUUUUCGACGAAAACUCAAUAGAUCUGAAUGCUCCAAAGGGGAAACUUUGGCAUCUAUUUAGUACAAAGGUUAUGGCAGUACGGACACUAGUAAUAUUUUUCAACUGGGCGGUAGUAAGCAUGGUGUAUUAUGGUCUAUCACUGAACACUGGCAACCUUGGUGGGAAUUUUUACCUAAAUUUUACCAUUUCUGGACUAGUAGAAUUUCCAGCCUACACUCUAUGUAUACUAUUACUGGAUAGAAUAGGUAGAAAGUGGCUUCAUUUUUUGACGAUGGUAUUUGGUGGCGUGGCUUGUGUGAGUACGGUGUUUACAACAAUAUACGGUGGGGACAGCUUACAUGCUGUAACUGUAACUCUCGCUAUGAUCGGGAAGCUCGGGGCGGCUGGAGCCUUCGCAGUUAUCUAUGUAUUUUCUGCCGAACUCUACCCUACUGUGGUAAGGAACGCUGGGAUGGGAGCAAGCUCGUGUUGUGCACGUAUUGGCGGUAUACUGGCACCAUAUAUUGCUGAUAUGAAUAAAGUCGUAUCUGGUGACUUUGGACGUGCCCUGCCAUUGGUUAUAUUUGGUGCUGCGAGUAUAGCAGCCGGUGUUUUGGCAUUGAUCCUUCCAGAAACACUGCAUAAAGAACUCCCAGAAUCCAUCAAAGACGCUGAACACUUCGGAAAGAAAGUUUCGAAGGAAAACGAAAAAGACGUUUACGUGAAUGACGCAUACAUGAACGAAAAUGGCUCAAGCAGUGAGAUAAAAUCGGCAAUAGAGAUGGAAUCAAAUGGGUAUGCUGACAAGGUGUCAGAAAAGACUGAACAGAAAGGAGACACAGAUACAAAGUUAUAUGCUCUCUCACUGGAAUAUCACGCCAUAGAAACGUGUGCAACGUACUCGGUACAGGGUGACUACCAUCAGAUGUUAAUCAACAAAACUAUUCCACCACCUACAGACAAAACGUUUCUGUAUCAUGAAUGUCACUUGUAUGUUACUGACUCCAGCACGUAUGAUGGCAACAACAAACCAAUCAAUGCAACCGAAAUUUCAUGUUCCCAAUGGGUAUAUGACAAAACGGACUUUGAUUCUACAUUCACGUCACAGAAAAAUCUUAUCUGUAGCGAUGACAAUCUACCCUCCAUUGCGAAGAUGUUGUUUUUCACUGGCGUUUUGGUUGGUGCCUUUUUGUUUGGUAUCGUAUCAGAUGUAAUUGGUCGAAAGAAGACUUUAUUAAUCUCAUUCUCCCUGAAUAUUGGAGCAAGUAUAGGUUUAGCAUGGGCGGAUACAUACAUCGUGUUUGUCGUUCUGAGAUUUUUGAAUGGUGCUGCGAUUGCUGGAGUUUCCAUGACAGGAUUUGUCAUUGGAAUGGAACUUGUUGGUCCUUCAAAAAGAAUGUGGGCGGGUAUAGUGGUCGAAUACUUCUUCGCUAUUGGUUUAUUGAUAAUUGCUGGCGUGGCUUACCUAUUGCGGGACUGGAAAUACAUCGAGAUGGCCGUAGCAUUCCCAAACAUUUUGUACCUAACAUAUUUUUGGCUAAUACCUGAAUCCCCAAGAUGGUUAUUAUGCCAGGGCAGAUUUGAAGAGGCGGAGAAAGUCAUACGGAAGGCGGCUACAGUCAAUAAAGCCUCUCUACCCGGGAAGAUGUUCGACGAAAACUCAAUAGAUCUGAAUGCUCCGAAAGGGAAACUAUGGCAUUUAUUUAGCACAAAGGUCAUGGCAGUGCGGACACUAGUUAUAUUUUUCAACUGGGCGGUAGUAAGCAUGGUGUAUUAUGGACUGUCACUGAAUACUGGCAACCUUGGUGGGAAUUUUUAUCUAAAUUUCACCAUUUCUGGGCUAGUAGAAUUUCCAGCCUUUGCUCUAUGUAUAUUGUUACUGGACAGAAUUGGUAGAAAGUGGCUUCAUUUUUUGACGAUGGUAGUUGGUGGUUUGGCUUGUGUGAGUACAGUGUUUACAACCAUAUAUGGCGGUGACAGCUUACAUGCUGUAACUGUCACUCUCGCAAUGAUCGGAAAACUCGGGGCGGCUGGAGCCUUCGCAGUUAUCUACGUGUUUUCUGCCGAACUCUACCCUACUGUGGUAAGGAACGCUGGCAUGGGAGCAAGCUCGUGUUGUGCACGUAUUGGCGGUAUACUGGCACCAUAUAUUGCUGAUAUGAAUAAAGUAGUAUCUGGUGACUUUGGACGUGCCCUGCCAUUGGUUAUAUUUGGUGCUGCGAGUAUAGCGGCCGGUGUUUUGGUAUUGAUCCUCCCAGAAACACUGCAUAAAGAACUCCCAGAAUCCAUCAAAGAUGCCGAACACGUCGGAAAGAAAGUUUCGGAGGAAAACGAAAAAGACGUUUACGUGAAUGACGCAUACAUGAACGAAAAUGGCUCAAGCAAUGAGAUAAAGUCGGCGAUAGAGAUGGAAUCAAAUGGGUAUGCUGACAAGGUGUCAGAAAAGACUGAACAGAAAGGAGACGCAGAUACAAAGUUAUAG